AUGGGAUUCUCGGCAGACACAGGCUGGAGGACGAAGCAUCAGCUUCGCCAGCUUUAUGGCGAUGACAACAUCGUCCACAGCAUCAUUGAUGCUAAGGUCAUGGUUGAUCUAACGCAGAUCCACGAGGAGGAAGUUUCUGACAAGACGCAGUGGGAGCUCCAAGUCAACAUGGACGCGUCCUCGCAGGCAGCUCAGGACUUCGGUGGCUGGGAUGACACUCCUGCUGCUACUUGUGCUACGCCGAUGCUCACGCCGGGCAAUGGCAAUCAUGGCUGCUUGGGCUUGCCGAGCUCCCGAAAGAACAAGAAUGGGGAGAAGGGCGACGGGGAAAUCAUCCAGCGCAAGGCUUCCAAGGAGAUGCCUGAGGAUCUGUGGCCGAGGACUGAGUGGCUGCGCGACCGAUUGGAGUCGAAGCUUGCAGAGGCCAAGAUGUGGCCGGUGAAGCUGCACAAGUUCGAGCACCAAGCUUCCCUGAGCCAAUCCAUGCAGACUCACGCCGGAGAUUUGCAGACUUCCUAUCACCAAAUCGAAUCGAUGCUCCGAGCUCGCGCCACCAUCGAUGAGAUGCAAGUCGACGCAGGCGCCCGCCUGGCUGUGGAAAGGCUGCAGCUCUACGAAGAGGUGAGAGAAAUCGCUGAGUCUGCUGUUUCCUGGUGCAAGCAACGUGCUGGCACUGUGCCCCCCAAAGAUUUGGUGCAACGAAUUUCUCAGUGUGGCACAGCAGGCAAGCACACGUCUAACUGCGAAAGGGAUUUGCACCGAGUUAUUCGGAGUGUCAGCAAUGCCGUAGAUGUGGAUAUAGAUCAUAUCAAAGUUCGCUUGUGGGACCACAAGGAUGGCCGAGAAGUUUGGGGAUCGUUACCGGUCAUCUGGCCGGACAAACUGGCCUCUGCUCUUUAUGCUCGUGGAGAGGGCGUGUUUCAGCGUUGCUUCGCACCGCGACCCAGCGAGAUUGAAUCCUACUGGAAACACGUGGAGCAGCAUUGUCGAUGGUUUGACGACCACCCUGGCCGUCAAGCGGCCAACAAGAAGCGUCUUCUGCCGUUCUGCUUAUAUGGCGAUGAGAUCAAUGCUUUCAGGAAUGCCGAAAAUGGCUCCAUUUGCGUCCUUGGCUUUGGAUCGGACCUGGCCUAUGGUAACCCGGCCUUGGAGCGCUAUUAUCUCUUCACUGCAUUCUCCGAACACAACUCUACAGAAAACACUUUUGAUGACAUUCUCAAGGCGCUGGUGCCCAGACUACGGUAUAUGUUCGAAGAGACAAGCUUCAACUGGUGUUCUGCAGGUUGGAGAUGGACCUACUCCUCUACACAGGGGGACCUGAAGUUCAUUACAGACCGUUACGGGUUGCACAACUUUCGGAAGAAUCGCAUAUGUGAUUUGUGUGAAUGUGUCAAAACGGAUGACAACGUAGCUAUGACUCUGGCUGACUUCAGGGAGACAGCUGCUUACCGAGCUACACAGGUUACCCGCCAAGAUUACAUGCAAAGUACCACGCCGGAGACACGAUCUCCGCUUUUCGAACUGGAUGGUGUCAACCUUCUCCGAUUUCUACAUGACCCCUGCCAUGGCCAAUUGCUGGGCACUGGCAAGAACACCAACGGAAUCCUUGCUUACAGUUCAUGUCUCACGUAUUUAUGCGAGCGGUCCUACUUCGCUCCGUGGCCGCAGCGCGGAAUAUACGAGCACAUCAUGUCCGACAUGCUUCGAAAGGCACAUGCAGCGUUUUUGCGAUGGGUGAAACAGAACAAGCUUCAGUGCUCUCAGCCACGGUUUACUCCUGCAAGAUUGUCUCGCAGGUAUCGGGUUAUCUACCCAUGCCUGGCUUCCAAGGCAGCGCAAUCCAAGAUGAUAUCGUUUUGGCUGGCCACGGCGACUGGCGAGUUGGCAGCGCGAGCGGAUGCAACCCCCACAGACAAAGCUGUCGGUGCAUGCAUAUUUGCCUACGUGGACACCCUCCGGAAAAUGGACGAAUAUCCGUUGUUGUUGAGCGAAGAGCAAUCGCUUGAACUGUACAGUUCUGGGAUGCGACACCUGCGGCUGUACAGCUACUUGCAUCGUGAAUCAUCAAAGAGGACCGGAACAGAGAUCAUGCAGCCAAAACACCAUUUUUGUUUACCACAUGUGUCGGGAUUGCAAAGAGCAGCGAUUGAACCCCAGCUACUAUUCCUUGAUGGCCGCAGAGAGCUGGAUAGGAUACAUCGGUAG